AUGCUCUCCACCAUCACCAUCGCUCUUCCCCUCCUCGCCGCCUUCGUCUCUGCGGCCCCCCAGACUCACGCCACCGGCAGCGUCCAGGUGCAGUUCGCCAACAACUGGAGCGGCGCCAACGGUAACGCCUGGAUUCCGCUCGAUGGCUCCCCCGUCCAGCUCGGCCAGGCCUACGCCAACACCAACCUCUUCAAGGACGGUACCCUCCUCGUCACCAGCCUCCAAUUCACCAGCAACUUCCAGCUUGUCUCCUGCGAGGUCCUCAAGGACGGCACCAAGAAGGUCGCCGAGAUCCACAACCCCGGCCAGGACUACCAGAACUUUUCACAGAAGCCGCUCGACUGGGCCAAGGGCUUUGCCAUCAGCUGCUCUGCCUAA